GCUGCUUCUACUCUUACUUCCUGGAGUCGCUCAAAGCAAAGCCAACAAUUUGCCUUACUUUUGCGCAAUAUUUGUGUCGCUGCGCUGCGCUGCGCUGCGCUGCGACCAUGGUGGAGCCUCCAGCCGCUAACCACUUUGAAGACAUCCAGUACGAAGACAUCCAAGUUGAAGCGGCUGUUGGCAGGGGUACUUUUGGUGUUGUCUUCAAAGCUGUAUGGAACGGAAAAGAUGUAGCAAUCAAGACCAUCGAGAGCGACAAUGAAAGAAAAGCUUUUCUCGUCGAGCUUCGCCAGCUCUCGAGAGUGAAUCACCCAAACAUUGUGAAACUAUAUGGCUCGUGCGACAAUCCCGUCUGUUUGGUCAUGGAAUAUGCCGAAUGUGGCUCUUUAUACAACCUCCUGCACAGUGCUGAGCCGCAGGCGCCCUACACAGCCUCCCAUGCAAUGAGCUGGUGUCUGCAGUGUGCCCAGGGGGUUGCUUAUCUGCAUGCCAUGAAACCAAAGGCAUUAAUUCAUAGAGAUCUCAAACCACCAAACUUACUCCUGGUGUCACGGGGUACCGUGCUCAAGAUCUGCGACUUUGGAACGGCUUGUGACAUCCAAACUUACAUGACCAACAAUAAAGGCAGUGCCGCUUGGAUGGCACCAGAGGUCUUUGAAGGUAGUAACUACAGUGAAAAAUGUGACGUGUUUAGUUGGGGCAUUAUCCUGUGGGAGGUCCUCACCCGCAAAAAACCCUUUGACGAGAUUGGAGGUUCAGCAUUUUGUAUCAUGUGGGCUGUCCAUAGAGGGACCCGGCCUCCUCUGAUUAAAGAGCUUCCGGAGCCCAUCGAGACCCUGAUGACCCACUGCUGGGACAAAGAGCCGAACCAGAGACCCUCCAUGGAGCACAUCAAAAACACCAUGAGCUGUCUCAUGAAGUACUUCCCAGGGUCUGAUGAACCUCUCAGGCUCCCCCAUCAGUCAUCAACCAGUCGGAGUGGCUCGUCAUCUGCUUCAAACACAGGUCCGUAUCCCGCGCAGACGAUCAGAACUUACGAGAGCGAGGAGAACCCGGACGACCCGAGCCCGUUUGGCCGAGAGGAAACUCUGAAAAGUUUUGAGUCCAGGUUUCCGCUCCAGUUUAAACAAUCCAAAACGUUGCGGACCGGUCUGUCCAGGCUUUCCGGCCAAGCGCGACGCUCCCAAAGCCCCACGUCUUGCUCCAGCCCGGUCUUGACGACCAGUCAGUCCGAGUUGAGGAUGACCGUUAGCCCGCAAGCAACAAACGGUCUCGACGGCUCCGUUCCCACGUCUUUCCUUAAACUGGAUCAUCAGUUACAGCCCCUGGCUCCAUGUCCUAACUCCAAAGAGUCGAUGGCUGUAUUUGAGCAGCACAUCAAGAUGGCUCAGGAAUACAUCAGGGUUCAGUCCGAGGUUGCUGAACUCGUCAGGAGAAAGCAGGAGUUGAUCUCCGAGUUGGAGGAGGGGCAGAGAGAGCGCCAGACGUCAUCUCGAAUCAUACAGGAACACAGCAAGCUGCUGGAGGACAACAGCAGCCUUUCCGUCUACUGUCAGGGCCUCAGAAACAAACUGAGUCUGAUAAAGAGCCUGGACCAAUAACAGAGCUAAAGCCGCACACGCACACACACGUGCACGCACACACGCACACACACACACUCACACCCCAUGGACGGACGCAACAUUAUUCAUUCAUGAACUGGCCUGGACUUUUAGGACACGUUGGCUUGAGAAAACCAGACAUGCAUUUUAUCAUGGAGUCAUAGAGCGAGUGAACCCUUUCAUGUUGAACGAUUCCUCACAGCACCUUCAUUAUCUGCGGGAUUAAUCAAUCAAUCAAUCACUCAAUCAAUCAAUCAAUCACAAUGCAGAAAACAUGAGCACAAUCAGGUUUAGCUUCAAAAUAGCAUCACAAGUGUUUUUAACUUAAAACGUUGCACAAACUUUGUUCAAUUGUUGAUUCAAAAAAAUGUCACAGGCAGGCCACUUUUAUGUAGGAAGCAGGUCAGGUUUUGGCCUCAACUGCCAUUUCCUUCACUAGCUGGUCAGUAACCGUAAGAGGACGAGCGCUAACAAGAAAACGGCCGCUGCAUUUCACACGAGUCUGCAAAUUGGAAAGUCAUUAUUAAUAGGCCGUGCCCAAACGAACGAGUGUAUGGAAUGUACACGCGCAUGCGUGAUGGUCCACCACUACCAAACAGAUACCAAAUGUCCUUUUUGUUAAGCCAUGGUAGAAAUGUAUUUAUUCACCUAUUUUGAAAACCAUAAAG